CACGAGAUGAGUUUUCUUUUGGAUUCAUUCCUUGCACUUUCCACAGGUUGGUAGUCGAUUCAAGGGCAGCUGGCUUGGCCGAAACCUUGACAAAGCAAAAGACACCGCUAAACCGUUACAUCAACUGCCGUUUUUCGCCCAUUGACCUGCAUAUCUGUUUGAACAACCAUUACGUGGCGCGACACACCAAAUUACCGGGCAACUGGACGACAAAAUAAACGACACAAUCAGGUGGAAUCAUGAAGUUAGUCCUGGUCCACUACACUGGAAUAUUGAGCUAUCCCGUAGUAUUAUACCCUGGGGUCGCCAGUCAGUCGCCGUGCUGGGCUCUGAUCGUCGACGUUCGAGCACCUGAUUUGUCCGCUACCACAGCACAAAAGCGUCCUAGGAGCGUGCUUGUGAGGUAUCGGUACACGUUUUUUCUCCGGGUCUGGUCUGGUCUGGCCUGUGUUCCACUUCUAUAAAUG